UGUGUUAAUAUGUAUCAGAUACCAUCAAAUGACACGUUGUUGAAGCAAACGCAUUGACAGGGCAAUCAUUUUUUGGCGCUUUUCGUCAGGGAAAAAUCGCUUGUAAAGAGUGAAUUUGUGUAAAUCCAGCUGAUAUUGUUCAUCAACAAUACUUUGUAUUUCUGAGCUCAUUGUUUGUCGAUAAAAAUAGCUUGCUCAAAAAUGGGAUGAAACAGGUAGACAGAAGUUUUAAUUAAGAGACAAAAACAUCAGCCAAUCAGAAAUGAAAGCCGUGAAUCGCUGGCAGAAUAAUAUACUAGUUCAAGAUGCAAUGUGUUUUGGGGAAAAGUGUAUAAGUGACUUGAGAGCAACCUCUAAACGCUGGAGAAACGCCGUUAAUAAUGUUUUUUUUAAGUGAAUAUCUGGUCUUUCAAGGUUAGUGAUGCAUUUGAAAUGCGACUAGGCGACUCUCUUCUUAGAGUCGAACUCUCCGUUCUGACGAGUUGGUCUUCGACACACGAUUUGAAGUGAUGUCCGUGCCUGGUCUUCUUUCUGGGUUCACACUAUUCCUUCUUCACCAACAUACUCUCGCCAAGAACUCAAAUUCGUUUUGUAAUAAUGGCAAAUGGAGUAAAAUCGAGACAUCGCCAAUCACUUCACUAUCUCCAAACGAUUGGUACAGACUCACUGGUGAUGCUGGCACGGUUUUACCUACGAGUUGCGACUUUGCCGAACGCUGUGCCGGGGGAGACGUUAACAUCUUUUCAGGGUGGAUAAGCGGCACCCUGCCUCGAGGCGGUGGAAACACGGAAGUCAUGUUGAAGUUGUGUUUCUUUAAAGCGAGCCAUACUGUUGGCGAUGUCUGCUGCGCAUGUGAGAUGGACAUAUAUGUUGUGCAUUGCGACAGUUCCUUUUUUCUCUACAAGAUUCCAGACUCCUCGAAUGGAAAAUGUGGACCAAGCGUUAAGAUUUGCGGAUCAGGGCAUUCGUUUCAAGAGCAAAUUUCUUCCUCUUCAAACACAGUACUAACACAAUGGCCUCAGACCUCCCGUAUCAUAGCGUUCAGUUCAUCAGAAUAUUCCCCAUCAUCCUACUGGUCGAGUCGUGACGUGUCAAGCUCACUUACAACUGACCGCUCGCAUUCCCAGACACUACAGAUAACUACAUCGUUUGACGAUGCAUACCAUUCAUCGGUAAAGAUCUUGUCUACGACAAGUUACGGAGAAGGCUCUUCGGAGUCGACUGAUUCAGCCAUAGAAAAAACUGUGCCUAGCAGUAUUCAAACCUCACAGAAAUCUACGUUGGCGACUAUCAAUACAAAUGUUUCAAUGCUGCCCGCGUCACAAGGAUCUUCAUUGCCUUCGAGUUCACCAUCUUCUUCCUCGUUUUUGAUAAACGAUCCAUCUUCCAGUACCGAAAUUUGGACACUAAAUAACUUGAAGCCAAGCCCAUCACGUGCAUUUACGAGCCAAUCAGAUGCGUAUACGAGCCAAUCACGUGUAUACCCGAGCCAAUCAGAUGCAAACCAGAGUUCGGGAAGCGCAGACAUCCAUCCGACACCUGUUGCGUCUAUUAUCACCUGGUCAAGCUCAGCGAACUCUCGUUUUCCAGUUGAUGGCCAGUAUGGUGAAUGGGGCGCGUGGAGUAACUGCACAGAGUUGUGCAGCGGCGGUACACAGUUGCGCAUGCGUACAUGCGAUAACCCAGCUCCUGCUUAUGGUGGUGCUGACUGCCCUGGGCCAGCCAAUAAGACGAGGUCUUGCAACGAACAUCCAUGCCCAGGGCAUUCGUUUCAAGAGCAAAUUUCUUCCUCUUCAAACACAGUACUAACACAAUGGCCUCAGACCUCCCGUAUCAUAGCGCUUAGUUCAUCAGAAUAUUCCCCAUCAUCCUACUGGUCGAGUCGUGACGUGUCAAGCUCACUUACAACUGACCGCUCGCAUUCCCUGCCACUACAGAUAACUACAUCGUUUGACGAUGCAUACCAUUCAUCGGUAAAGAUCUUGUCUACGACAAGUUACGGAGAAGGCUCUUCGGGGUCGACUGAUUCAGCCAUAGAAAAAACUGUGCCUAGAAGUAUUCAAACCUUACAGAAAUCUACGUUGGCGACUAUCAAUACAAAUGUUUCAAUGCUGCCCGCAUCACAAGGAUCUUCAUUGCCUUCGAGUUCACCAUCUUCUCCCUCGUCUUUGAUAAACGAUCCAUCUUCCAGUACCGAAAUUUGGACACUAAAUAACUUGAAGCCAAGCUCAUCACGUGCAUUUACGAGACAAUCAGAUGCGUAUACGAGCCAAUCACGUGUAUACUCGAGCCAAUCAAAUGCAAACCAGAGUUCGGGAAGCGCAGACAUCCAUCCGACACCUGUUGCGUCUAUUAUGAACUGGUCAAGCUCAGCGAACUCUCGUUUUCCAGUUGAUGGCCAGUAUGGUGAAUGGGGCGCGUGGAGUAACUGCACAGAGUUGUGCAGCGGCGGUACACAAUUGCGCAUGCGUACAUGCGAUAACCCAGCUCCUGCUUAUGGUGGUGCUGACUGCCCUGGGCCAGCCAAUAAGACGAGGUCUUGCAACGAACAUUCAUGCCCAGUUGACGGAGACUGGACCGAGUGGAGCACGUGGUCAUACUGCAAUAAGCCGUGUGGGAAUGGGUACGAAAACAGGACGCGCUCAUGCACGAACCCGUCCCCGAUGCAUGGUGGGAAAGAAUGUCAAGGUGACGGUCAUCAGGCGAAAAUCUGCAACACACACCAAUGCCCGGCUGUAGCCGUGUUUUGCUUACUGCGACUUACGGAAGCUGUGUGGACUAGCUCGCUACUGGAUCCACAAAGCGAAUAUUUCUCCACUUUAAGCAAGGAAGUCACCGGAAAUGUGAAACAGUUUUACGCAAAGCUUAAGAGCUUCAUUGGAGUAGAAAUAAAUGGCUUCAGCAAAGGUAGCGUCGUCGUGAAUCAAAGCUUAAACUUCGACUCGAUGAGCUCUUUGGAACUUCUGAGGUUACAAGAGACUAUCACAGAUAACGGAAAACUACAAAACAUGCCGGUUGCACUCGUAAACAUCACCUCACUCAUAGUACCGAGAAGACCACCAGUGUUUAUCGACUCCUCAAGUACCAGCUCGACGACUGUCGACCUCUCCUGGUCGCAUGUUCCAACGGACGACCUGAAUGGAAGAGUUCUCGAGGGACACCUUGUCUUCUAUAAGGAAGCAACGAAAUCCUUUCUCCCUUACAAUGUACACGCUACACCGCCACAAGUGUCGCGCGCUACGGUCAGCGGUCUGCUCAAAUUUACACAGUACACGUUUCGCGUGUUGGCUUAUACUGGAGCCGGGAACGGGGUGCCAAGUGACCCGAUAAGCCUGACGACACAGGAGGACGUACCUAGUCGAGCGCCGUCCAGACCGGAAGCUAUCGCUCACAGCUCGACCCGAAUCAACUUUGUCUGGGAGCCAAUCAGCGAAGAGUUCUUUCAUGGAAUAUUGCUAGGUUACAACGUGACGUUCUCAUGGCGUGACUCUACCGGCAUGCACCGCGAAAGCGUGACAGUCUCGCCCUAUAAGUACUCAGUCACACUUGACGGUCUAAGUGCAUACACGGUCUAUUCCUUGUUUGUCAGCGGAUUUACCUCAAAAGGAUGUGGACCGCAAAGCACUGUGGUUAUUGCACGUACGCUAUCUGAUGCACCAACGCUUCCUCCGUCAUCUGUAUUCUACAAGAACAUGACGUCAAUAUCAUCGCUAUCUAUUCACUGGACCCCUGUACCACGUGACCAUAUCAACGGGGUUUUAUUGGGCUACAUAGUGACGUACCGUCAAAGUCACUUCUCGCAAAUUCCUGUCUUGCACGGAGCAGUGACGAUGAGACUUACUGUUGGAGCCGAGGCUCUCUCCGUGACUCUUGGAAAUCUGACGGCAAACUCAAUAUACCUCAUUAGCAUCGCGGGUUUUACCGAGCGGGUGACUGGGCCGGCUAUUAGCUUCCAUGCAGAAACUUGUCGUUGUCCUAAGAAGCUCUACACUAACUACUGGAUCCACCCUCCUUACACGAAGUCUGAAAACGAGGGCAUCUUUUCAGGAGUGGUAACCGCCAUGCUUCAGUGGGCGUGUGGCGAAUGCCUCAACGGUCACGGGAACACAAUCAUCGAUCACGUGAACAGCACACGUGGGCGCCCCGCCCUUAAACCUAGUCUACAAAGAGUAACUGCUGAUAUUGAACCCGCACCCCUAGUCAGUUUCCCGGUCAGCGGUAGCAAGUUUGUGUCGGUGUACAAGGGGGUACACCGUUACGUGCAUAUUGUGGAUUCCCCGGGGAUUGCGUUUAUAACAGUGCCUAAGCUCCUGGGGCCCGGCUCUGUGACAGAAGCCGUUAUCGGAUGUCUGCCUUUGGUACUUUUUGCCGGUUGUAUGGCCUAUUGCGCUGGCUUCAUCAUUUGGGCUCUGGACUCGAAACGAAACCCUGAGCAAUUCUCACCGAGUUUUUUUGUUGGAGUCAAAGAAGGGUUUUGGUGGUCCUUCAUCUCCAUGACAACGGUCGGAUACGGGGACCGCGCCCCUAUAUCAGUAGCUGCUCGUCUGUUUGGUAUUGCAUGGACGCUGACAGGGCUUGUCAUCAUAGCUGUGCUCGUUGGGACAAUUUCGACAUCUCUUACCACAAGGACCAUAAAAGCUGCCGAUAGGCUGUAUGGCACAGAGAUAGCUGCAAUCGCAAACUCCACAGAGUUUCGAGUCGGCAUUUUGAAGAACGCCAGAGUCAACACAGUCAGAAACUACUCCAGUGUUAACGAAAUCAGGGCGGCAUUGCGGAGCCAAGAAGUCAGUGGCGCUUUGAUUGACACUUAUGUAGCCGCUGACCAGCAAGAACUCCUGUUCACGGGCGGCAUCAGGGUGACUAGGUUGCUGGAUAAAGAUUUUGGUUAUGGUGUUGUAUUAUCGGGGGAUGCGGUGGCCGUGCACAGAAGAUGCCAUGACUUUUUACACCAAGAGGUUCAGCAAGUUUUACACAUUAUUCUAAACAACACAAGGGAACUAAAGGCAUUUCCUUCAAGUCUGGCUGUCGAGCAAAGCACCGGCCUUUUUGAUGGUAGCUCGCCCUUAUUUCGCCUUCUUGUGCUCAUCCUCUGCUGUACGCUUGGAUGCAGUGUCUUGCUAGGGCUCCUCUGGCAUGCAAAGCACGUGCACGUGGGUAAAAGAAAGGUCCAGCAAGAAGAGGAUCCAAGACGCUUUCUUCGAGAAGAACUCUCGGAAGUAGUAGCAAACUUCUACAGUAGUAUAAACGCUAGGUUCGCAAUGCUGAAAAGGAUACACUCGCUAGAAAGACGGCGAUGCCUCGAACAAAUAAGGAAAAAGCCGCCCGAAGAGAAACAGCCCAGCAGUUGUAAUAACGAUGACUCCAUGCGCGCAGAGAAUAGCUUAUAAUCGAGGCUUCACAAUGUUUAGCCUUCAAUGCAGGCGUUUAACCGGUGUUUUUAUAGCGAAAAACCGACCUCGAGUGAUUCGUGGCCGCCAUCUUGGAUUUUGAGCAGAAAUGAAAACACCGGGUAAAAAGGUAAACGCCCGCUUCACAAUAUUCUGCGUGAUACUUUUGUCAAUAAUUUCCAAGUGCUAAACCGCCUUCUGGCUUGUUUGGUCCGAACAAACCUUGUGGAGAGGUGGCGUGAUUGACAACCUGGCCAAUAAUAACGCUAAGAUUUUGAAAAACCAGAAGGCGAUUUAGUGUCGGAAAUCGUUGGCAAGAGUUCGCAUACUCUGAUACUGUAAAAACAACAACAGAAAACAGGUGGUUUGCGAAUGAUUUUUAAAAACAGCAAAAUCAAACAACAUAAUGUGAAAUUUAAUAUUUUCGUGCCUCUCCACGCCAGCAACGUCAAAGAAAAGUAUGUUUAAGAGGAGUGCGACAUAAAGCUUUAAUCGACUGGCUGUAUGUAUUUAUAAUAAUUAAUAGACAAUUCCUGGAGGAAAUGCUAUGGAAAGUCAUUCAUAUGCAGUGUUCCAAGUCCUUGUUUCUUGGUUGAGAUGUAAGAAACAUUUAAAGAGCGAUAGCCAGCCCAUACUCGAGGAUCAAGCGCUUUCUUUUUUAAAUCUUUAGUGAGCGCCCGCAAAGACCGCUGGAUCUACGAGCAUGUCAGCCACACCUUUGUCACGGCUGUUUUUAUUUCGCCUGAAAAACAAAUCAUGUGAAGAAAUAUAUAAAAAAAUACUCUAAAAAACAA